AUGGCCUCUCCCAAUACAUCUAAAAUUCCUAAUGAUAAAGGAGUAUCUUCUUUUCCACAUAGCCCAUCACGCAACAGUACACGAAAUACCUCACAGCAUGCAGUAAAAUCUGUCACUAGCUUGCUCGAACCGCACAGACAUCCAAGUCACGGCCUCGAAGUGGUGGUCGAAGGAGCGACCCAUGUGGUCCACCGUGAAAAUGAAACUUUUGUAACCCAGCGGGGAGGAAAAAUCAUCCAAGGAGUCAUGACUGGACACAAGAAUGAGGCGUCUACUAUGCUUGAAAACCGUCAGACAUUGCAAUCCACUCUGCUUCUCCAGAAAAAGCGGGAGAUGCAUGCCAUUCAAACCCUCCUUGAAAAAAAACGAGUUGAAUUUUCCAAACGCAUGGAAGAGUGUCGAGAAAAGCAAGAGGAAUUGAAAGCCAAGCAAAAACAAAUCAGAGAUCGAGUGACGAAAUUUGAAAAGUUUCUCAAAGAAAACGAUGCAAAACGACAACGAGCAAAUGUGAAAUCCAUCAAUGAAAAAAAGCUGCAUCGUCACAAAACAUAUGAAAGAUACCUCCAAUCCAUAGUGGACUCUUUACCACCUGAUUAUCUUGAUGUGAACGAGCCCCAUAUCAACGAUAUCAUCAUGCGACAUAAAACGCUUGUAGAAACCAACGAUGACCUGAAAAGUGUCGUUCAAUGCAAUCAGGAUGAGGUUGAAAAACUUCAAGCAAAGCUUGCUGGUUUAAUUAAAGACAAGAAUGACUUGAUCCUUGUCUACAACUCAAAAUUAGGUACACAGCAAAAGUACCUUGAUAAAAUCAAGCAGAAUAGUGCAUAUCUUGAACAGCGUAUUGAAGAGCGGGACAACUCGAGCAAAGAGAGAAUGCGAAUUAUUAGUGAAACCAAGCUUGCUAUUGAUGAUUUGUAUGAUCGAAUUGCUGUACGAUCUCGAGUGGUCAACGUGGUUCAGAGCGACACGGUCGGCGGGGAAGGCAACGAUGUUAAUGUGCAGGGACCGAAUACGGUGCCGGUGACUACUGGAGUCGCUGCAAUCAUGUCCAUGAGCGCAUCUACAGAGCAAAAAACACUGACAGAAAAACUACACGCAUUGCAGUAUAGAGUGCUUGAUAUGCAAGAUAUCACACAGGUUGCUGAAGCAGAUAGAAAACGACAGGCUGUAUAG